AUGUCCCUCCAGACCUCUCUCUACCACGCCGACUCCGACGCGGACGACGAGUACGAGCGCAGUGUGAUCACUUCCCCGCACCUCCAGACGGACUCGGAGGCCUCUCCUACGGACUCUGACAUCCCGUCUGCUGAACAUACGCCGACCAAAUUCGGAAGUGAAGGUCCCCGCACCCCUCGAACAAUCAUCUCAGAGUGGACGGCAGACGAGUGUGUGGAGUUUUUGACGUCGCUCGGACUGCUUCAGUACUGCGGUACCUUCCGAGAAAAUGGGAUUGUAGGGGAAGCACUCAUCGCACUGAAGCACGAUGAACUCAAGGAGAUGGGAAUCAACAGUGUGGGUCACCGAUUGACGAUCUUGAAAAGCGUCUACGAGAUCAAGAUUCGGCAGCAGGUGCCCCUUGAUGUCGACCAUUAUAUCCCGCUAUCGGCGGAUCAGAGCAUGAACGAGAAUGCCACGCAGGAUGAUAUCGCUCGUUUGAUUCAGUCCAUUCAGCGUCGCGAUGAGAAGAUCAUGAUGGUCGAGGCCGAAAUGCACCGGCUCGCGGAGGAUUACAGAAGAUUAAGAGAGGAGAUCUUGCCGGUCAUCAAAAUCGCCAAAGAUCGAUCACAGCCUUUGCCCCCUCCAUCCUCUAUGGGAACCCCUUCAGACAGCUAUCAUGACAGCACGACUCUUACCUUUCCCUCACAACUCACUUUGGUCGAUAAUUCCACCACUGCCAAGCUCCACCGGGCUUUCUCCAAGCGCACCUACACUGGAGGCACCACGCCAAAGAAUAACUCUCCCACCCACAUCCCGCCCUCUAUAUAUGAAGCUCGGAAUUAUCAUGAUAACCAAAAUCUCGAUCCAUCUGCGGCGGCUGUGGCUGCGUCUUCGCACCUUUCAGCAUCAGUGAAUGGAGGACUACAACAUUCCCCGGGUGUCCCGUCACCAACCUCUCCCAACGCACAUACAUCCCAACACCAAACACUCAACCCGCGAUCAUACACACAACCUAGCUCUGGCGGUCGUAACAUGCACGACCAUUCUGAUGAUGUACCGCAGAGGACAGCAUCUCGGGCCGACCGGCUUACUCCAAACCAGCAACCUUCCCGAACGGAAACUCCUUCCGGAUCACGAGAAUCGACAGCACCCCCCGGUCAACCAUCGAGUGUGGAGAUAUUCAAGUCGUUCCGAGUAUCUUGGGAUGAUCCCUGUUACAAGGUCCUUCCAGCCGCGCUGAAAAAAUACAACAUCCACUCCGAUCCCAAACUUUACGCCUUGUACAUCGUGUACGGAGACCAAGAAAGAUGCUUGGCAUUAGAUGAGAAACCGCUCAUUCUAUUCAAGCAACUUGAAAAGGAAGGCCGGAAACCAAUGUUCAUGUUACGGAAGAUCCACCCAGACAAUCCCACCUACCCCAUUCCUGGUCCCUCACCGAACAGCGCAGGAUUCGAAGGCGGGCGGCCACAGGCCCAAAUAAACCUCCCCGGAGGGGUUCUGUGA